AGAGACAGAGGGGCUCCCCACUGAUCCCACAACAUUUUUCACCUGCUGUGGAGCGUGAAGGAGACCCAGCCGAGCUGACAAUAGCUGAUGCACCAAGCAGCCGAGACCUCAAACAAUGGUCCUCCUCCCUAGAGGCUGAAGAUUCUGCUCUCAAGCAUGACACCCCUACUACUGGACCGAAGAUUGCUAAAGAUGACUACCAAGCCGGAGAUUAUACACUUGCCCUAUACUCACCAUUUAUCUGCCCUGACUGUCAAGUCAAGUUGUUGCAGCUGAAAGGAACCCAGCAUGAAACCAUAGUGUCUGCCUUACUGGACAUAGUCCUGACCCCAACCUUGACAGAACUCAGCGGCUUUGCAAAUCUGGCAUCAGCUGAUCCCAGGGUCUCAUGUGUCAUGGGGAUGGCUCCUGUAUUUCUACAUUGCUACG